CCGGCUCACCGCCUCGCCUCCUCCAUGCUUCGCCUCUCCACCACUCUCUCUCUCCUCUCGCUCGCUUCCCUUUCCCCGCACCACCCGCGCCGCCUCGUCCGGCUGCGCGCCCUCGCGCCGGCGGCCUCCUCCUCGCCCUCCGCCCGCAGCCUCUGCCUCCUCGAAUGGGGCAAGGUCUGCCGCGCAGUCGCCUCGUUCGCCGGCACCGCGCACGGUCGCGAAGCAACCGAGAAGCAGUUGUGGGGGGUGGAGGACGUGAGCUAUGAGCGGAGCCGGAGGCUGCUACAGGAGACCGAGGCAGCCGUACGGCUGCUUGGCACCUCCGGUGGGUCAUUCGAUUUCUCCGGGCUGGACACCGUCACGGUAGAGGCAGCAAUACAAUGUGUCUCUGGCGGUUCCGUGAUAAAAGGCCAGGAAGCUAUGGCGGUUGUUAGCCUGAUGCUGUUUGUUGAAUCCUUGCAAGUUACUAUUAGAGCUGCUAUGAGGCAAGAUGAAGAGUCGCAUAAUCUAUUAAUGCCCCUUACAGAAACUAUUCUAGAGGCCGUUGUUAAUAAGUCACUAGUGAAGUCUAUACAAGAUAUCAUAGAUGAUGAUGGUUCCGUAAAAGACACUGCAAGCCCUGAGCUAAGACGAUAUCGAGAGCAAGUUCAGUCCCUAGAGAGCAGGUUAUGUCAGCUUAUGGACAGGCUGAUACGGAAUUCUGACAGUGAAGCUUCCUUGUCGGAAGUAAGCAUUGUAAACGGAAGAUGCUGCAUUAAAGUAACUGGGGAUAAGUCUCUGAGUUUUGAUGGACUACUACUCUCCAGUGGUUCAGAUGCUGGAAGUAUGAUAGAACCAAUUGUUGCUGUUCCACUGAACGAUGAGCUGCAGGGGGCAAGAGCGCUAGUGGCUAGAGCUGAACUUGAUGCUUUAUCAAAACUGACCGACAAGAUUCUUCUUGAGCUUGAUAAUAUUCAGAUUCUGCUGCAGGAAACAAUCACGCUCGAUAAGGUCACGGCUCGUGCAAAAUACAGUAUAGCAUAUGAUGGUACACUUCCUGACCUGUAUUUGCCAAAAUUUGAGCAUGAAACUGUCAAUACUGCUACAGAUUGGCCUGUCAGUGCAACUUCCUCUGCUCAACUCCCUAAGAAGCCAUGGAAAGUGUUCAUUCCAAAUGCAUUCCACCCACUAUUGCUCCAGCAGCACCAGGAAAAUUUGCGUCGUAUCAAAAAGGAUGUUGCAAGUGCCACAGCAGAGAUUCGGAGGAGGAGGAUAUACGGACAAGAUAUUGCAGAGGAAGAUCAACUGGCGUCAGACCUUGAUUCUAUGAAAAAUAGGGUUUCCAAGCUGGAGAGGAACCAUCCGAUACCGGUAGAUUUUAUGAUUGGUGAAGAAACUACUGUUUUGGUCAUAACUGGCCCAAAUACAGGAGGAAAAACAAUCAGCUUGAAGACGGUUGGUCUGGCAUCUUUAAUGGCCAAGAUAGGUCUAUACAUUCUAGCUUCUGAACCAGUUAAAAUUCCAUGGUUCGAUGCGGUUUAUGCUGACAUUGGAGAUGAGCAAUCGCUGACUCAAUCGCUCUCUACAUUUUCUGGGCAUCUGAAGCAGAUUGGGGCUAUUCGUGCUCAGUCAACAUCACAAUCCUUGGUCCUUUUGGAUGAGGUUGGUGCGGGGACAAAUCCACUUGAAGGAGCUGCUUUGGGGAUGUCUCUCUUGGAGUCUUUUGCUGAAGCUGGUUCCUUUCUGACUCUAGCUACAACCCACCAUGGAGAACUUAAAACACUAAAAUACAGCAAUGAUUCAUUUGAGAAUGCAUGCGUGGAAUUUGAUGAAGAAAAUCUGAAGCCCACAUUCAGGAUACUUUGGGGAAUACCAGGCCGUUCCAAUGCAAUCAACAUUGCUGAAAGACUAGGUUUGCCCUUGGAUAUAAUAGAAAGUGCUCGGCACUUACUUGGAACAGCUGGUGCAGAGAUAAAUGCGUUGAUCAUGGACAUGGAAAAAUUUAAACAAGAAUACGAUGAACAGCUUCAGCAGGCCCAACAUUAUCUUAUGCAGUCCAGGGAGCUUCAUAAUAACUUGGAAGUGGCGCAGAAGAAUGUUAUGGAUCACACUAUUGCUCAGCGGAAAAGAAAGUCAAGAGUAGUUUCGGAGUAUGCUGUUAUGGCUCGUUCGAUCAUUCAUAAGAAGUUUCAGCAGUUCAGGGAAUCUGCAAUAGCUCAAAGAGUACUAGAAGAAGAGAGGGCUGUGGAGAAGGCCAAAUCUGAGAGGGUCAAGGGCCCAGAGCCGUCAAGUACUUCUGCCAUUAAAAUGGCACAGAACACAAAUAGCAGCAUGGCCACAGAAGCUAAUGAUGAAGAUGGUGGGAUUCCAGAAGUUGGAGAUUUAGUUUAUGUUCCUAAGCUCAAGAAUCAGGCCACUGUAGUAAAAAUAGAUUCGUCCAAAAAUGAAGUUCAAAUCCAAGCUGGCAUGAUGAAGCUCAAACUAAAGUUGAAAGAUGUCGUGAUCCAGAAACGGAGGAUAUCCAGAUAGAGCGGUUGCACUACCCUGCAAUAUCAGAGAUAAGUGUGUAAAUGUUGCUCUGUUCAAUAUAAUAUAGCAUUUUCCUCUCCCACAUCUCCAUUUUGACUAAUCAUAUAAUCAUGCAGCUGUAUAUCCAUAGUUUGCAUGUAAAUUUAGCUGUUAUUUUUCUUUACCAGGGUGUAAAUCUAACUGUUAGUACGGUACUUGAGCUACUUUUUGGAAGUUGACAAGUGUCACUGGUAAACGCAGCAGAAGGUUAAUAAUAGCAUUACAGGGAAACACAAUUCAUUUUCA